AAUUUCUCAAGAAAGCAGAUUGGUCUAGACUAUCAGAAGUGGAGAAAAUGAAAGCAGCAAUAACCACGCAAGACUUGGCUACAAUUAUUUAUACGUCAGGUACUACAGGGAAUCCUAAGGGAGUUAUGCUCUCACAUAGAAAUAUUAUAUUUAAUGUAGAGGAAGUUUCUCCUCAUUUACCAGUCGAGAGUCAUCAUAAGGUUCUGAGCUUUCUCCCACUAUGUCAUAUUUUCGAAAGAGUAGUCACCUAUUUCUAUUUUUAUAAAGGCGUAGAAGUCUAUUAUGCAGAGAGUAUAGAUAGUCUAAAGGAAAAUAUUGCAGAAGUUAAGCCCCACUUCAUGACCUGUGUCCCACGCUUAAUGGAAAAGAUUUAUGAUGGAAUAUUAGCAAAAGGACAAGAUUUGAAGGGCAUAAAUAAUAGACCUGGGACGGUAGGAAUGAUAUUAGAUAAUGUCAAAGUAAAGCUAGAGCAUAGAGAAGGCAUGGGUGAAGGUGAAGGUGAAAUACUGGUACAAGGAGAUAAUGUCAUGAUGGGUUAUUACAAUAAUCCCGAAGCUACAGAGGCUACAAUCAAAGAUGGCUGGCUCUAUACAGGAGAUGUAGGGAAAUUGGAGGAUAAUAAAUUUUUAAAAAUAACAGAUAGAGUCAAAGAACUUUUUAAGACUAGUGGAGGUAAGUAUGUAGCUCCGCAACAUAUCGAAAAUACAUUGAAGGAAAGCAAGUACAUAGAGCAGAUUAUAGCCAUAGGCAAUAAUAGGAAAUUUGUAUCCGCACUCAUCUUCCCAUCUCAGUUAAAUCUUAAGAGCUGGGCAGAGUUCAAAGGUUAUGAUAUUGACUUCAACGAUUCUAAUUGGGUAACAAAUGAACUCAUUCAAGAAAAAAUAAAAAGAGUGAUUGACCGAUAUAAUGUACAGUUCAAUCACGUAGAGCAAAUUAAGAAAUUCAUUCUUGUAAACAAAGAGUGGACAAUAGAUGGCGGCGAAUUGACGCCUACAUUAAAGUUGAAAAGAAAGGUUAUAGAAGAAAAAAAUGUCGAAAACAUUGAAUCAUUAUAUAAAGAU